GCUGUUUCUCUUUGACUCGGAGUCUGCGGGUAAAGAAGUGCGGAACAAACUCUGGGUUUUUCUCGCCUGCUCAAACACACCUGAUCUGAUCGUCUCGAUGGAUUAGUGGAGACCACGCUUGCCCAUACAUGGAGUGUGUGUGUUUGUGGCUAGUGUGUGUGUGCGUCCUGAAUGUCCUGAGUGUCAGUGCUCACAGCGGACCGGACAAGGGUGAGCACCCCCACCACCUGGACCAGCAACAUCACCAUUCCAACGCUAACGCCAACUCAGAUCUGUGCACCAUCGACCAGCAGCUCUGUCAAGAUGAAAACGCCCUGCUGAGUUUUGAGGCCAUCUGCAGCAUCCACAAACUGAUGGACGACGAUGCAGACGGCACGGUGGACGCGACCGAGACGGACGAGUUUAUGCGGCAGGAUCUCAAGUAUCACGACCCGAAAGCCAAGCACAGCAGCUUCCACCGUGUGGACCUGCACAUUAGCGUGGAGGACAUGUGGGACGCGUGGAAGACCUCAGAAGUGUACAACUGGACACACGAGCAGGUAGACGAGUGGCUGCAGCUCAGCGUCGAGCUUCCUCAAUAUGCAGAAACCUUCCGCAAACACGGGCUGGAUGGCAAGGCGUUACCGAGGCUGGCAGUGAAGAACACCACCUUGACCGUGUCCCUGUUGAAGAUCUUGGACCGGAGUCAUGCCCAGAAACUGCAGCUGAAGGCUCUAGAUACAGUACUGUUUGGACCACCACCAGGUCGACAAAACCGUUGGAAGGACCUGGUUCUGGGCGUGUCCAUCCUGGCAGCGCUGGGCGGAUGCUGGUUCGCGUACGUCCAGACGAGGAGGUCCAGGGACGACCUGGGCAAGCUGAUGAAGGACCUGGAGGGUCUUCAGAAGGCUGAGCAGAGUCUGCUGGACCUGCAGGAGAAGCUGCAGAAGGCUCAGGAGGAGCAACGGUGCGUUCAGGUGGAGAAGGUUAAGGUAGAAGAGGAGCUGAGGAGCGAGAUCAACACGGCCAAGCAGGAAGCUCAGCGUCUCCGAGAGCUGCGGGAGGGCACUGAGAACGAGAGGAGUCGUCAGAAGUACGCCGAGGAGGAACUAGAGCAAGUGAGGACGGCGCUGAAGAAGGCAGAGAGGGAGCUGGAAUCGCGGGCUCGCUGGACGCCACCGGAAGCUCUGCAGACGUGGCUGCAGCUGACACACGAGGUGGAAGUGCAGUACUACAACAUCAAAAAGCAGAGCGCAGAGAGGCAGCUGCUCCAAGCCAGAGAAGGGGCCGAGAAGAUCAAAAAGAAGAGGAGUUCUCUAUUUGGGACCUUCCAUGUGGCUCACAGCUCCUCCUUAGAUGAUGUCGACCACAAGAUCCUCUCUGCCAAACAAGCCCUGGCCGAGGUGACGGCUGCCCUGCGAGAAAAGCUGCAUCGCUGGCAGCAGAUCGAGUCCCUCACUGGCUUCUGUUUAGUCACCAACCCGGGUCUUGGGGCGCUGGCCGCCGCCCUCAACCUGGACCCGUCCUUCCUGGGCCUGCGACCCUCGACCCCGCAGCAUCUCUUGCUGUCGGAUGACCUCGAUGACAUGGACGAGGACAUCCUGUCGCCUGGAACGCUGCAAUACGCAGCCUGGCAGAUGGAUCGACGAGUCAGUGACCUUUGGCCUUUGAGCGGCAUUGCAGACAACCAAUCGCCAUGGAAACUCUCUGUUCAGAGUCUGAUGCCCCUGCAGCAAAGGAUGGGAGACCCGGCUAUGAUGUUCAACUCUCAGAGGUUGGUAGAUGGGAGGGGCCCGCGUCAACAGGAAGGGUGCGGCCUAAUUACCUGCCCUCCCAGGGGCCCUCGGCAGACACGCAGUCGCUCCAUUGGCCACCUGGAAUUCCUCCCAGUACCCAGCACCCCUCUCUCCUCCUCGCUCUCACACCCCUGCAUCUCCCCGGCCUGUGCCGCUUCUCCUCCUCGCGCUCCCGUACUUUCACUCUGUUGUCCUCCUGUCUCCAAAUCCUCCUACAUGGAGGGAACCACUUGCUUUUCUGCUCUGCUCCUCAAGUCCUCUUACUCUCUGGAGGCGCAUGCGGGGGGGACUGUGAUGAACCGAAGGCAGCGUUGUCGAUCCGGCAGCUCUGGAGACAUAAUGGACCGCUCAGACUCUGACUCCGCCCUCCCGCUCUCUCACAGCGAAUCCAGGAGCAUGUACGGCUCCAAGCCCUUCCUACUUCCAUCUAGGAUCCACCCCCUGCAGGGUCAAACCCCCAGAUUUAGAGGAGGGGGAGGCCUGGAGAAAAGCUCAAGCCUGGGAGAGCUGAGGGGCACCUCCGCCGCCUUCCUCUCCUCCUCCUGCUCCACCCGCUCCCUCUGCAUCACGCCCGACAGCACCGACGGCCCCAUCCUCUGCUCCUCGCUUCCAGGCUCAUCUAGCGCAGGGACGGGCAUCCAAACUCCCUCUAGGUGGAGCCCCGUGGAGGAGGAGGAUGGGCGCGACGAGGGCGAGUCGUCGGGCGGACGCAGGAGAAACGCCUUCAAUAAAAUUUUUAAGAAAAAAAAGUGACAUCACUGAAGACACGCUCAUAUUUUUGCCUUUUGGACGAUGGGAUAACUUCAUUUGUUUGACUUAUGGACAAAAACACAACAGCCCAGUAGAACAAUAAAAAGAAGUACACAUUGGACUUCAGCCUAAAUUUGUUGGACAAAAAAAAAGUCAACCACUCAACUUCAGGUUCGGUGAUGCCACCACAGACGGGUACUUGUGGUGUACCAGAGGAAAAAUGCAAUGAUAACCAUAGAAAAAGACCUACUGCAAAACAGGAAAGGCUAGCAUCAAUUUUACUUCGAGUACAUUUUCACUCUCUGUGUCUGUUGGGUAUCCUUAACGGUGAGAAGUUAGCAUGUUUCUUAUCUGUACAGCUAAAGGUUUAUGAUGGCUACAGUUUGACCCCGGAACAGAUAAAUUCACUUUACAUUAUGUCCUAUGGGAAUGUACUCUAUUUUGAGCAACCAGCAUCACAGGACUUUGGAGUUUCCAGUAGCCUGCUUUGAUUUAUUUCAUAGGAUGAAUGGACUGAAAACCAGGAGGCCAUGUUUGGUAUUUUGGACUGUCUUUGUUUUUUUUUUCCCCACUCAGAAGAGAAGUGAGAUCAAUCAUCCAAAUUAAGUUUCCACAGUUUGAUGUUGACGAAACACACACACGCACACACACACCAAAUCAUCCGUUUUGUGUGCAUGUCUAAGGCAGGGUGUGAAGCUGAAAUGUUACUUGAUUUAAUAGUAACAAAAAAAUGAAAUAUAUUUAUUGUUUGUAAAGAAAAACUGCUUAUUCUGUACCCCGAAAUUCCAUCCACGUGUCUAUUUUAAUGAUUAGAGUAUUUAAAGUGUUUAUUAUUAAAUAACUGACUUUAUCUUUGGUUUGCGGUUUGUUUGCUGAAA